AUGACCCGAAAACGACAACAUCGGCGAAACCCAAUUUUCAUUUCCCAAAAUAACCCCCUCACCAUUCAAAUUCACAACAAUACCACAACCUCAUAUAAAUAGUGAAAAUCCAUCACCACCCGAUCCCUCCCAACACACAACACAACACUCCCCGAUACCCAUUUUGGUCAUAAAACACGUUUUGUUCCCUUCAGUCUCACCAGGCAUUUUCAUUUCUCUUUUCAAUGGCGACGGGCUUGCUGAAGAGGGCAGUGCACAGGAUUCCAUCGUCGCCGGCGUUCAAGCUGGCCCUCCUGCGGGCCCACGCAUCGGAAGCCCAGGCCCAGAAGGUGGAGCCCAAGGCCCGCGACACCUCCACCCUGAAGACCUUCCAAAUCUACCGUUGGAGCCCCGACAACCCAUCAAAGCCCGAACUCAAAGACUACCAGAUCAACCUGAAGGAGUGUGGGCCCAUGGUCCUCGACGCCCUCAUCAAGAUCAAGAACGAGAUCGACCCGACCCUAACGUUCCGUCGCUCGUGCCGCGAGGGGAUCUGCGGCUCGUGCGCAAUGAACAUCGACGGCUGUAACGGUCUCGCAUGCCUUACGAAAAUUCCUUCGGAGAAAACGGCGACAACGAUAACGCCGUUACCACACAUGUUCGUUAUUAAGGACCUGGUGGUGGACAUGACCAAUUUUUACAACCAGUAUAAGAGCAUUGAGCCGUGGCUUAAGCGGAAGAACCCACCACCGGUUCCUGGGAAGGAGAUCCUGCAGAGUAAGAAGGACCGAGCCAAGCUUGAUGGGAUGUACGAGUGCAUUCUGUGCGCCUGCUGUAGCACAUCCUGCCCCAGUUACUGGUGGAACCCUGAGUCUUAUCUUGGACCCGCGGCUUUGCUCCAUGCUAAUAGGUGGAUCAGUGACAGCCGUGAUGAGUACACUAAGGAGAGAUUGGAGGCCAUAAAUGAUGAAUUCAAGCUCUACCGUUGCCACACCAUAUUGAAUUGUGCUCGGGCCUGUCCUAAGGGGUUGAACCCAGGAAAGCAAAUCUCACAUAUCAAGUCACUUCAGCCAAAAGCUUGAAAUUCUAUUAUUAGAGCUUGAUGGUGUUUGCAUUUGAUCAUUUAUGUUGGGAUUUUGAUUUUCCUUCAAAAUUGGGGAUGAUUUAGCCAUAUAUUCUUAAUAAAACCUGAGUGUCCCUUUUGUAAAACUUGGGUUUUAAGUUUAUAUUACCUCCUUUGUUUUUGAAAUAAAUGUUAAUAAUAGCCAACAGACCCCAUCUCAUAAAGUGGCUUUAGCUAGCUAUAUUGUAUCCGGAUAUACAAGCUAAAUGCUCUCGCUCCCUGGAUUUUUUCUGAAAAGAUACUUUGCACUGAAAAUUAUGAGUUUAAAC